GUACAUGUACAUGUAUAUAGGCAGAGACCGGGAUCACCCUUUUCCGAAAAAGGUUUCACAUUGCUUCAGGAUAGGCGAAUCAACUGAGAGAUAACUUUAGUGCUUUCAACUUUCAGCAUUUGUUUGUCCUUGACAUUGAAGACGCAACCUCUCUCUUUAACCAGUGUCCUGUAACACAAUAGAGCCGGUAGUCAGCAUAUGAAACUGAUUUGACAGAAACUGUACUGUCCUUUUGGGGAAGGUUCGGAGACGGGUGUACAUGAUUGCUGCAAUGGCCUACCUACUGGAACAGUGCUCUUGGUGGGGAAAAGGGAGCUUUUAUACACUUCUGUUGGCGCUGGUUGUGUUCGCUGUUUGCGCCCAAGCUCAAGAGCUCACAGUGACGUCACCAGAGCAUAAUAUCUUCAACGGCGACAGUGUGAGUCUGAAUUGCUCCAGCGACGUGCCCAUUACGUCACCAGAGAUCACGUGGACCGUGACUCCAGCAGUUCCCAUGGAGGCCCUGUCGUUCUCCGGCCCACGACAGAACACGAUCACCAUCUCACCCGUUACGGCCGACGUCAGCUUCAAUUCACCAGUCAGGCCCGUGUCUGUAGAGUGCAGCGCUGCGGUCAUGGGACUCGGCCAGGGCAAUGGCCUUGCCACAUUCAAUGUUUUCUACAAUAUAUGCGCUCAGGCUAACGUAUGCCAGCGAAUUUUCGGGCAUCCACCUGGUAUAUCCGAAUGCGUGUUCCCCACAACUGGUGAUCCCCGCUGUGAGUGCCGGCAUAGUCCUGAGAGUCAAUUCUGCAGGGUGUUGGCUAGCUGUGCCAGGAAUCAACUUCUGACUGCCGAUUUAGCCGCAGCUGAGUUCCUCCGAUGUGCAGUUAACAUGGGAUGCACACUGACCAAUCCCGGUGGAAUGCUACAAUGCAGUGAAUCUUCCAGCAACUCUUUGGUGCCUAGUCACUUGUUGUUGAUAAUAGUGAUGGUUGGCAUGGUGGUCAGCGGAGUCCCCAUGUAGCAUGACUCUAGCGCUAUUCCAGCCUCGCCAUGCACACAGUAGGUAGGCAGCUGCAGUUGCAAUUUACAGCUGACAAAUUUGCACGACGUUCGCAUACAUGUUCAGGUACAUUUACAUAUACAACAGCAUUACUUUAGGUAAAUUUCACAACCGCAAAUGCCACAAGUGCAGAACCCCCCAUUAGCCUUGAUCCCCAGAGGAGCGCACUUCGUCUCGCCCGCACAGCUUUUAUAGCACCUACACGCCCUUUGUAGUCCCCUGUUUUCUCUUAUUGUUUUUCUCUUCCAUUCUAUGUAGGCAUGUGCACUUUCAUCAAAAAAUAAAAAUAAAUAAAAAUCCGACACCAUGCUAUCUUUGCUUGGGUGAGACCACCCGACCUGACUAACACAGCUCAUGUAGCGGCUCAGUUUCGCCCAUUCUUCCACCUUUCUUUUCUUUUCUUUUCGCUUUGUGUCCCCUAUUUCCGUAGGUUUGUGCACUGUGAUAAACAUUGCAACCCUUGUGCUUGA